GUAUAUAAAACGGAUCCGCACUACCAACCCAAAUCUUGGGAAGAGUUAUUUAUGAAACAUUCUCAGCUUGUAAAAGAGCGUGGUAGGAAGGAUUUUGAAAAGAUUAAGAAAGGAUCAGCACUAAACAGAUGUAAAGCCUUUAUUGAGAAUGUAAGCGUCGAACAUUCAGUUAGUAUCAUUAUUGUAUCUAAUUUUUUCGAAUUUUUGGUCGGCUUUCUUAGCAUUUCUUUUCAGGAGCAUAGUGAAUUACCUGCAAUGAGCUUUGAAGAACUUAAAAACUUCGAUUUUGGGUUUGACGAGGAGCGAGAUUCAUUCUUAAUAGCUAAAAAUGCAUUCAAAAUCUACAGCAACGAUAAAGAGAUGCGCAAAUAUUGGUUUCAGCGAUACAGGUUGUUUUCAAAACUCAACUAUGGAAUUUUGAUGGAUAGAGAGGGCUGGUUUUCCGUAACUCCUGAACGGAUUGCUAUGAACAUUGCGAACCGGGUGGUGUUGAAAAAAGAUGCACUUAUCGUUGAUGCUUUUGCAGGUGUUGGGGGUAACAGUAUACAAAUGGCAUUAAAUGGCGCUUAUGUAAUCGCGAUCGACUUGAAUCCGAUACGUAUACGCUGUGCCAUCCAGAAUGCUAAGGUGUACGGUGUUGCUGAUCGCAUAAAUUUUAUCUGUGUUGACUUUUUUCAUUUCAGCAGCAAUACACCGUUUGAUGCUGUAUUCUUAAGCCCUCCUUGGGGUGGCCCGUCCUAUCUGGACACUGAAGUUUUUGACCUUAAUUCAGAUCUAACCCCUAAUGGCUUCGAAAUAUUUUCCGCUGCUAAAAUGCUAUCUCCUAAUAUUGCAUAUUUUCUUCCCAGACAUACUAGUAUCAAACAGUUGAUUUCCCUCGCUGGUAAAGGUGGAUCUUGUGAAAUUGAACAUAGUCUACUGAAUAAAAAAAUCAAAUCAAUUACUGCGUAUUAUGGUGACCUUGUGCUGAAGUGA